AUGCAGAACAACACCGGCGAGUUCGUGGACCUGUACAUGCCGCAGAAAUGCUCUGCCAGCACCCACAUCAUAGGCGCCAAGGACCACGCGUCCAUCCAGAUGAACGUGGCCGAGGUUGACAAGGUGACAGGCAGGUUCAACGGCCAGUUUAAAACCUAUGCCAUCUGCAGGGCCAUUCACAGGAUGGGCGAGUCAGGUGACUCCAUUCUCCAACUGGCCAAGGCUGACGGCAUUGUCUCAAAGAACUUCUGACUGGAGAGGAUCCUGGAUGUGGAACGUGUGUUAUAAAUAAAGAGUGAAAACCAAAAAAAAA